UCAGAACGAAGGUGGAUACUGUUGCAGCUGUAAUGAUGGGUUACCACUGCAGGUGAAAAUGAAAACAUCGUUACUUGGUGACGCGAGGGGACGGUUUGCGCAUCGUUGUCUUGGACAUAAGUGAGAGAGAGAGAGUGUGUGUGUGCGUGCGUACUGUGUUAGUUUGCAGGAAUGUGUGUCAGUGUGUGUGGAUUAUGAGAAGAGCAUUGUGACCAGCCGGGAGCAGAUUUUUGCUGCAAUGACCAAUUCAAGCACCGAUUUCUGUCCCAUCCUCUGGCCUUCCGCUCCUCACAGCCCAGACAUGCACCACCUCAGCAUCUUUUGACUUCAUGAAGAUUCCUGACAUCGGUAAUGUGAUGAAUAAAUUUGAAGUCCUUGGGAUUGUAGGAGAGGGAGCCUAUGGGGUGGUCCUGAAAUGCAGACACAAGGAGACAAAAGAGCUUGUGGCCAUUAAGAAGUUCAAGGACAGCGAAGAGAAUGAGGAAGUUAAAGAAACGACGUUACGAGAGCUCAAGAUGCUCCGUACGCUGAAGCAAGACAACAUCGUAGAACUGAAAGAGGCUUUCCGUCGACGGGGAAAACUCUAUCUAGUGUUUGAAUAUGUGGAGAAGAAUAUGCUGGAGUUGUUGGAGGAAUUGCCUAAUGGUGCACCACCUGAUAAAGUACGGAGCUACAUCUUUCAGCUGAUCAAAGCUAUUCACUGGUGCCACAAAAAUGAGAUCGUUCACAGGGAUAUCAAGCCUGAAAAUCUCCUCAUCAGCUCCAAUGAUAUCCUGAAGCUGUGUGAUUUUGGCUUUGCCCGCAAUCUCUCUGAAGGCAGCGAUGCUAACUACACAGAAUAUGUGGCGACCAGGUGGUACCGCUCACCUGAACUGCUCCUUGGAGCUCCAUAUGGGAAGGCGGUGGACAUGUGGUCGGUGGGGUGUAUUUUGGGAGAACUGAGUGAUGGGCAGCCCCUGUUUCCAGGCGAGAGUGAAAUUGACCAGCUCUUCACCAUUCAGAAGGUGUUGGGCCCCUUACCACCAGAGCAGAUGAAGUUGUUUUACAACAACCCUCGUUUCGCUGGACUAAGAUUUCCUUCUGUAAGUCAUCCUCAAACGCUUGAUAGAAGGUACCUGGGCAUCAUCAAUGGACUCAUGUUGGAUUUAAUGAAGAACCUGCUUUGCCUGAACCCCACCGAACGCUUUCUGACAGAACAGUGUCUGAACCACCCAGUGUUUCAAGGCCUUAGAGGGCCAGAGCGGCCAGCUGCCCCGUCGCCCACCGCACCUCGCUCCUCAAAGAGAAAACCAUACCAUGGAGACAACACCAUACCCAGCCGGAGCCACGGCAGUAAGAGUUCAGGUCACCGGCAUGCUAACAGCAAGGACUGCUCUUCUCUACCACGCCAUGAGGACCUCCACCGGAGCACCGACAGCUUCCUGAACGGCAGCAACAUGCCGACCUCAUCCACCCUUAGUCCCACGCUACACCCCAAGAGCUACCAGGCCCAGACCUUGAGCCGCUCGGCCUCUAGCAGCAAAGACCUGGCCAACAACAACCUUCCCCACCUCCUCAGCCCCAAAGACGCAAAGGGAAAGACCGAGUUUGAUUUCAAUCUGGGGCCUAAAGCUGGAGGUGCCACUGUGGGAGGAGACACCUCUACCGGCAAGUACCUCAAGUCGUCCAAACAAGGCCGCCACUCGUCCUUCCUGGAAGGGAAGACCAGCACGCUGCAGUCUGGGGACAAACACAGUCGCCAUAACUACAUGGAGUCCUCGCACGGAUCCAUGCCUUCCACAUCCUCCUCCAAAAGCUCCUCGUCCUUCCUCAGCCUGUCCAAGAGCCACGGAGCGCUGAACGAUGCCAAGUCUGUGAGCAAUCUGGCCGAGACACGACUCCACCUAGACGAUCCCAUGGUGGGAUCAGGCUCGGGCUCCCGCUACUUCCCGUCCAGCUGUCUGGAUCUAAACGCGGCUCCCGGGAGCCCCAGAGGCGAACGGCACGCUGGGACGGAGCGGCAGGGUCACAGCCCCAGCAGUCGAGGGAACGCGCGUCUAGAAGGGGGCACUCUGGAUUCACGACGUUCUUCGGGUCGGAAAAAGACACCGGAUGAACCGAAGGCUACAGACACACUGGACCCAAGCAGGGCUGCGGCAGCAGGGGGCGGCCACGCUCACAACCUGCCCUCCCCCCAUGAAUCCUAUCCUUACGGUCUUGGCUACACCAGCCCAUUUUCCUCGCAGCAGCGACCUCAUCGCCACUCCAUGUACGUGCGGAGAGAGCGACACCGGCCGCACGGCCAGGAGGCAAAUUUGGUGGUCGGGCAGGGAGUGCCAACACGUGCCAGUAGCCUACAACUCCUCUCGCCGCAGCUCCAGCAUCGCACACUCCCACGCCACAACACCAGUUCCUCUCGAGAAGAACUCCCGCAAGAUCUGAGCAGGAAUGACCAGUCUCCCAAAGAGAAGCCUCAUUCUCGACCCCCGAUUAAAGAUUCUACGAGGGACAACACAGCUUCCUUCCACUCACAAUGCCCAAAAAACGAGGCUGGGAUGUACCAUGACACUCAUAUGGAGGAUGGAACCUCAUCCAAGGAAAACAGAAUGCUCUACAGUGACUCGAUGCCUCGCAGAGUGGGAAGCUUUUACAGAGUCCCCUCUCCUCGACCUGACAACUCGUUCCAUGAGAGUGCCGGACAGAGUCGAGUGCCAGCGGUGGCGGCGGAAAGCACAGCCAUGACAAACCACCCCAAACGUCAGACCAAUUUUGACCCCUGGAAUAAUUCAGAGGCCAUGGUCAUGAACCCACCAGAGGUCCCUAAACAAAAAGAAAAACAAGGUUUCUUUAGAGCCAUAAAGAAGAAAAAGAAGAAGUCACAGCCGACGGACGGCAACGCGGGAAGGAACCCGAGCAUCAAGAAAAGCCUUUUCCCCCUCUUUAACUCAAAGAAUAGCUUAAAGCAUAACUCUUCUGUCAAAGUGCUCCCUGUUGUCCCGCAGCCGAUGGUUCCUAGUGAGGCCCAGCAAGACCAGCUAGUGAUACAAAGACCAGUCAAAUCCUCGUCUCAUCACAGCAGUCGACACCGCAACCGAGAUCGUGACCGGGAACAUGACCUGGAAAGGGACCGGGAGCGUGACCGCGAUCGAAACCGCGAGAGGGAUCGCGAUCGUGACAGGGACAACACUUGGCCGCCUGAAAAGCAGACAGAUGUGCAGCCUCAGAACCAGCCUCUGAAGUCCCUGCGGAAGCUCCUACACCUCUCUUCUCCUGCUACGUCCAAUCAGCCCCCACCUCCCGAUCGCUCGGCAGAACUGCGCUUCCAGCCCCUCCCUAACCCCCCUUCCAAAGGAAACCUGAAUGAGGCCAGAGGGCUCCCACCGGGCAGCGUCACCCCCAAUACCAAGAGCCGCAAACCCCACAACUACCCUCUGCCAGGGCAGAUCGAGUCCAGCUGGCACGUUUCCGCACUGAAUCGGGCCGAGGGCGCGCCGUACCCAGACCAAAUGGCAAACAAAGGUGGGCAGAACGGUAUCGGCUUUACCAGAGCCGCCCGCGUGAGAAUGCCGAACCUCAACGAUUUGAAAGAAACGGCUCUUUAGAGGAGGAAAGCCCACUAGUGGCCUCUAAUGUACUCGGUUUCUCCUUUUCCUUCCUGGCUACCUAUGGAAUGCUAUUGUUCAUCCAGUGGUACACAAUGCCACUUCUGGCCAGAAGGUGGCAAUAGUUAUGUCUCAGAUUUGUUUUUUAAAGCAUCCACAUUUGAUAGAAUUUGUAUUCUUGUUCAUUAUACCUGGGUUCAGUUUUCUGUUGAAUAUAUCUUAUUGACAAUGAUAUGAAUCUAUGUAUUUGUAUAUGGAAACUUAGGGAUGGGGGACAACAAAAAAAUCUGUGGAAUUGUAAGAGCUUUAGUUUAUACACAAGAGAAUGUAUAAAUAUUUAAUGUGUAAUAAUUCUAUAUUUCAUGGAGAUUAUUUAAUGAAUUAUUGGUGUGUUAAUAGUUACAAUGUACAGAGUGCAUUUUAUGGUUGUAACAAAAGUACUUUAUUGUUUCUGAAUUAUUUUCCUCUCUUUACCGAACAUUGUUUUCUGAUAUGAAUUCUCAGUGCAGACUAGGUCUAUAUUCCACACUGUCUCAUACCGCAGGUUAUUAAAUCAGUCGGUUAUUGAAUCAUCACUAUUUAAAACAUACGACAGCAUAUCGGCAACUACUGAUGCUUCCUAACCAGGUUCUGUGUUACUUUUCAUGCGAGACCAUUAAAUCCACGUCCCAUGAUGGCUAUUUGUCUCACUUUACCCGUAGCCCGUGUCUUACAGUGUUUCUCCACUUCCCAUGAGCUUGGCAUUCAAAACCUCACACAUUGGGAUCAGAUAGUGCUGGUUUUUAGCAGGAGUUCAUUAGAGCCCAGAUCCCUGAAGAGCUGGAUUUCCUGUGAAAAAUGAAUUUCAACUGAGGCCCCCGGGGCCUCACCGUGUCUCCCUCUGCGAUCUAAACCCCACCAGCUGGUGAAUAAGUGUGACUUUGCCUGUGGCACAAGCGAUGGCUUACAAGGUUGUGUCAGUUAAGUCUGUAUCUCUAUCCCAACGUGACUUGCACGUGUGCAUGAUUCUUUUAACAAACCGAAUAACUGGCGGGUU